AUGGCUGUGCCGACAGAAACCUCCCAAGAGGCGGACCACCACGCGAAGCCAGUCGAGCCCGCGGCCGUGGCGACAGAGCCCACGGCUGAGGCGACAAAUACCUCCCAAGAUGCGGACCAGAUGAAGCCAGUCAGGGCCGCGGCUAUGGCGACAGAUACCUCCCCGGGGGUGCGAGCAACGGCUGUUCAGAAUGGAGUCGAGGUGGCGGCUAACCCGGGGUUGCCGCCAGGGCUGGAGCUUGUUGAGAAGCUGCCGGCCAGAACGUGGGCCGAGCUGGUCGCCGUGCCGUCUGCGCCGCUGGGGGGCAUCCAGGCGAGCGUCCUCCCAGCGACCCCGCCGCCGGCCUACACCCCAGUCCUGCAGCAGAGCCAGCAGGCUGAGAAUACGGGAAGCGUGCCGGCGGACGUGGGCGGCUUUGCUGCCUCCGAGUCGUUCCCGCAGGAGUCGCUUCUCAAGCGCUCUGGCGUCUACACCUUCAGCCCUAACCAAGACAAGUUCUCUAUCCAGCUGGCUGGGCUCGUGUCGGACCCGGGCCCCCAGAGUCUUCGCAUCCUGGCGCCGCCACCCGCGGCGUCGCACGCCCGCCGCGUCGAGUUGUGCCAGCGGGAGGACACAUGCUGGGUCUACCUCAGGAAGGGGUACUGCCCUCGUGGUCCGGCUUGCACCUGGAUGCACCCGCCGCUGCCGGGCCGCGCCUGA